AUGAGACCAUAUAUGACAGAAGUCGAAAGAGUCAAAAUCACUGUGAUAUCCUUACAAGAACCAACGAUCACAGCAAUCAAUCAGCGGUAUGCUAUCUCCGAAAAUGCAGCCUUCAUAUUACCGGGCAGAUUCUUCGUGCCAGUAGAAUGCAGCGAUGAAGCCCAAGUACAAACCCAGUUCUCUACUUGCACGAAUCGUAUAAGGUGUCAAUGUGAAAACGCCCUCAGAUGUCAAUGUCCAGAAGAGUCCUUGAGUCACCUAAGAAACUCCUCAGCAUUACCAAUAGAAACACCCUCCUACAAGCUCACAAAGGAAGACGAUAGUGUGAUGACUAUAACUGAGGAAGGAGAAUUCGUGCUCACACUAGACUCCAAAAACGUCAGAAAUCGUGACAGAGAAAAAGUGCGAAAUUCAGACAAUUAA